CUUUUACUAUUUCGACAUUCGCAAUCCUAGCAUAAUUUAGCACUGGGAUUGUCUUACCUGGCUAAAUGUUGUGGCCGAUGGUAUCAAAGGUUUGCGGGAUGGCGCGAUCAGUUCCGCGGUGGAAAAUGCCCCAGAAUUUUUUACCAACUCACACAAAGAAGACAUACGCAUUAUCAUGCAGCUGGGUCCGCUCGCCAUACCGCUGGUCGAUGGUAACUUGGGUAGAUCUCCUUGCUCUGCCUUGUCGAUGUGACUGUGAUACACUCACCCGUCCAUUUGAGCCUGAUAGUCAUGUUUCUUGACAGCCAACCUUACAUCACCUUGAAAUCCUGAGCGGUCCCCUAGGAUAAAAACCGCCUUGGGCCCUACUUUGCACCCGCCACAUCUCUUCGAAAUUUUUAAGAAACACUGGACUAAUACGCCAACACCCUUACUAUGGCCGUAGACCAAGUAUUACCACACCUCGCGGAGAUACCCUCUGGCAUUCCUCGAGGGAAGGAAUCGCUGGAGGUUUCGACGCAGGAGAUUGCGGCGCCUCUGAGCGAUAGCGCCGACGGAUCCGUACGCGAUGGGCACUUCCUAGUCCAGUCGCCAUAUACCGAGAAGGAGCACUUGCUCGACUUGAGAACUCUCGACGAGGAGAACGCUUUACUCGCACAAGCGCUCGUUCGCAUGAGGAGCCUGCGGCCAGACUAUGCCACCUCGCCCUACGCCGACACCUUUAACUGGGAUGAGAUCAUCGAGGAAUUGACGCGACUCGUGCGAGAACGCAGCCACAGGUGGAAGGAAACUUCCUUCUUCGUCGUAGCUUUCCGGUCACAGAUUCCGCCGACAACUGUGUACGAGGAUCUGGGAGCCUUGGACAAGGUAGCGCACGCGGAGGCGAUAGCCAGCGGUGGCUUUCUCAAAUAUUGGUUCGGACAUCCUGAUAAGGACGGCAGAAACCUUGCGACCUGUGUGUGGAGGUCGCAGGAAGAAGCAGUCAAGGGAGGAGUCGGGCGUGGACAUCGCAAAGCGGCAGCGGCCACCCGGUCGUUGUACUCGUAUUGGAAGAUUGACCGGCAUAGGCUUAUCAUCCGGGAUGACGUGAAAAGCUGGGAAAUUAUUGACUGGGAAUGAGGACGUAGGGUUACACUAGACUGCACGGUGAUCGCCCGGCAUGUUUGUCCUCAUGUGCCUGAGAGGCGGCCGCGUUUGGCGAAUGGGAGCGGUCCGCGGCCGGCAGACCCUCGACAGCGUUUGCUUUUUGUUUUUGCUUGUGAUUUUCCAGCCAGGUAUCGGUUAUCGGCUGUCGUGCAAGACGGCAAUAGAUAGAUGAUAGAACCCCCGGCGUAAGGCGUCUAGAUAGGACCAAGAGAAAAGAGAUAUGCGUUUCCGUACAUCGGAAGUCUAGCUUCCCUCUCCUAAUCGAGAUUUUGACCCGCGACGAA